UGUGACGUGUGACCUCGUCAUUUAUAUGUCAGCUAACAGGAGAAAUAGCUCAGCUGCUUCAGACUCGUGCCAAAUUCAAGUGAGAAACGGAUAAAUGUAGUGGGAUAAAGACCUAAGGUGGCCAGCACUUACCAGCAGCUGACCGCUAUCCGGUCAUUAUGACCGGAGGUGCUAUAGCCAGUCAUGUUUCCGGUUGUUUCGAUCUCUUCGCUAAAUUCAAUGGAAUACAAUCAGAAAACUACAAGUACGUGAAAACGCAGUUCUACAGUAAGGUCUCAAGAUUAUCAGCCUCGUGUGGUACCGCAACCACCAUAACUCAUCAACGAAGAACACAACACACCUAUCAAAAAGGGAAGGUGGCCCAAAAUGAUCCAUGCGGGCAUAAUGAUUCCUCCAUUUAUUUUUAAUGCCAAUGCUGCCUUCUUUGAUUCGAGUGGGUGUCUACGAUCAUUUGAGUCGCCCUACUUCAGCACUGAAAGCGAACGUGGGAACAACGUCUUAAUAAAAAUAUCUGUGAAAACAGGUUUUUGUGCUCUUUGAUCUAAGAAGGAAAUGGUUCAAAAAUAUCAAAGAAAAACUCAGAGGCAGUUAUGGGACGAAGACAAAAUGCAACAAGCAAUAGAAGAGGUCCGCGAUGGCUUAGCUUACAAAACGGCGGCCAGGAAUUUCUGUGUUCCGUUAAUGAGUUUAAAGAGACGCUGUAAAGGAACGAACAAGUUAGCUGUUAAUAAUGUUAAGAAACUGGGAAGCAAAACAGGGGUUUUUACUUAAGGAACAGGAAGAGGAGUUGGUAGCUCAUAUACUUAAUAUGGAAAGCAGAAUGUAUGGUCUCACCACUAAAGAUGUGAGAUCGAUCGCUUAUCAGCUCGCAGAGAAAAAUAAUAUUGUUCAUCCGUUUUCCAAGGUAACAUGUCUAGCUGGCAAAGAUUGGUUGAUCGGUUUUCGCAAGAGGCCCCUUCAGAUCUCACUAAGAUCACCGGAGUCAACGUCAGCCGCUCGUGCUCGUGCUUUUGACCGGCCUGUCGAAACCAAAUGUUUCAUGUUGUUAACAUCUGUGUAUGAAAAAAUACAGUUCCAAGCACAUAGGAUCUAUAAUGUCGAUGAAACCUCUUUGAGUACCGUCCCAGGUAAAUAUUUUAAAAUUCUAGCUCAAAGAGGUAGAAAACAAGUUGGCAGAGUCGUAUCUACAGAACGUGGUACGUCCACUACUGCCGUGAUUUGUAUGUGUGCAUCUGGUUCAUAUGUGCCUCCUAUGAUUAUUUUUGCCCGUAAGCGAAUGAAAGAAGAGUUAAAAGAUGUCGCACCACCAGGGACAGCAUUCUAUUGCAACGAAUCUGGUUGGAUGAAACUUGAGGUAUUUUCGGUGUGGUUUGAUCAUUUUCUUGCCUUUGUUAAGCCUUUCCAAGAAGAUCCUGCACUUCUCAUUCUUGAUGGCCACCUUUCGCACACAAAAAACUUAAGUGUAAUUGAAAAGGCACGAAAUAAUUUCGUGAACAUUUUAUGCUUACCGCCACACACCACUCAUAACCUUCAACCACUAGACGUGAGUUUUAUGUACCCGCUUAAUCAUUACCACGACAAAGCAUUGGAGAAGUGGCUUACCAAUCUCCCUGGAAGAAUUGUAACCGUUUUCCAAAUUUCAAAAAUCUUCAAUGAAUCUUACAUCCAGGCCAGCACACCACUUAACGCAAUUAACGGAUUUAUGAAGACUGGAAUUUUUCCGUACGAUCCCGAUGUCUUCACAGACAUUGAUUUCGUAGUUGCUGAAGUGACCGAGCAAAACGAACCUCAGAACGAUGGUGUGCACGAGGAAAAUGGUGACGGCCACGAACAAAUCGAAGAAGUCAUAGAUGAAAAUAAUGGGGCCCAUGAAGAAAAUGAUGAGGUCAAUGAAAAAAGUAUUGAAAACAACAAGCAAAAUGACACUUUACCAACAAUAAUUGUUCCGCAAUCCUACUUAGCUUUGGUUGAUGAACCUUCGACAUCAAAAAGUGGUUUUAACAUUCUUCCCAGUGAUGUUCAUCCACUCCCUAAAGUGGCACAAGAAAAACGUAGCUCAAAAUUAUGAUCCUUUUACAAACACCUGCAUUACAUCUCCCAAAAAAUUAAGUAGCUGUUAAAUCAGAAAAUCGAUAAGGACAUAUUUAAGCACAGUAGACUGACAUUCCAAAAAAAUAUACUAGAUUUUUUUCUUUUGUAUACGUUGCUUUUUUUCGCCUUUCC